AGAAGUAUAUUUUAGAAUAAACUACUUGCAAUACUUAAGGUACGAAGCCCCUAAGGUGAUAUCCUUUAAAAAAAAUAAUGAAUAGCCAUGACUCACUCAGACAUGGGGAUGAGAACCUAAUGCGUGGGAACUAGAUAAAUAAGACGUGGAAACGAGAUCCUGACAAGAUAAUGCAUGGGAAUGAGAUUUUUAAAAGCAGACUGCACAAGGAAGGUAAACGGGUAUGCAUACUGUCUGAAUCUGAGCCCAUUAUCUUUUAGUAUGAUAAUUAAGUGUCUUUUACUUAGAAUUAUACAAUGUCUCACUGCAAGAGACUCCAAAAUAAACACCAUAACUCAUUCCAAGAUGAAAAUAAAAAGAAACCAAUUCACUCUCAAUUUUCUUACUAAAGAUUAUCUUUGGAUUGAAGCUUUGAUAUGAUAUUCAGUUUCUUCAUUAGCAUUAAUUUACAGAAAAGCAAGCUUUGUUAUUCUCUGGCUAUGACUCAAUUAUCUCGUUCCCACACCUUAAUAAGCUGUGGCCACGGCUUAAUUAUCUUAUUCACCCUUCGGCUACCGGAACCCCGAGGGAGCACAAUUGGCUUUCUCUGGGUGGGUAGAUGGUGCUCUCUGCCCACAUCACUUCAAAGGGGGAUGUCGAUCAGCGCAAGCAGUCUGUGAGCUGAUGUGUCAGAACUGAGUCUCUGCGCUUUCCUCCAAACGCGCUGUGAUGCUGCAUGGUAAUGCUGCAUCAGCAGCAGUUCAAAAAGAGGCAGUGGCUGACUUUACUUGUGUCGGAGGAGGCAUGUGUUAGUCUUCGCCCUCCUGGUGUUGAGCCAUCACUAGUGAUAGGCUAAUUGGCUGUGUAAAUUGGGGAGACAAUGGGAGAAAAUUAUGCAUUAGAAUCUUGUCCCAACACCUUAAUAAGUCAAGGCCACGACUUAUGAUCUCAUUUCCAUGCCUUUAUAAGUUGUUUCCAUGCAUUUUUAACAUGAUGGCUCCGUACUUAAGUACAAAAAAUGAUGAACACUUUAGUACUUCCACUUAAGUGUGGUGUUUAAAGAACGCUUCAACUUUUUCUCAAGUCACUUUUUUAAUAUAACACUUGUACUUUUAUCUCAAGUCUGGGUCUCUAGUACUGAAUACAUCUCUGUUUUUAAACACUUCAGUAAAAGUGCUGAACUGAGUACAGACCACCAACCAGAAUUAUACAGCCAACACUGAGAGAUGACCCAAUUGGUGCACCAAUAGAUUCAGAGCUUACAUGUCUCUGGUUUGGUAGAACAGCUAGCUAGGAGUGUGUUAUAGAGUGGGCAGUAGGUGGAUACACAGUGUUGUCUCACAUUGUUUAUGAAAAAGCUUCUAUACACCACAGUAGUCUUUAGUAAGGUCUUAAGUGAACAUGGGGAUCAUUAUUAGCACCUAAUGUAUGGAUAUUUUAUUUCCCACCCGUUUUCGACAAACUCCAUCCUUAUACAGACAGUAAGGUUAGCUUGUGGAGCGCUCCACCACUGGCCAAUGUAAUUCGAGGGGCGGGGCUUAGCCCAAAGCGGGUGGGGAAUAAACUAAACAGUCUUAGAUUACGCUCACUGCACUCUGCCGUCCAUCCUCACUCUCAGAAACUCAGAUAACGGAGAGACCGUCACUGCUGUAGGAGGACCAGCCUCUGGAACUUCUCAGCCUCUUACUUCAGCAUCAUUUUGAUUUAGAGCUUUUGGUUUAAACAUGUAUUUUCGUUUUUCUUGAGGUGACGUGGAGAGGGGUUUUUUUCAGUGGAGAAAUGUCGACGUGCUGGAAGAAAGCCUCAGCAUCUUCUAGUCGAUGAGAUGUAGACAGCUGUUGGUCUGCUGGUAUUCUCUUAAGACUACAGCAAGAGAUCAAGAGGUGCUGGACUCGGACACGUGCUGAGAUGCAGGCAGUUUGGCUUCUGCUCAUCCUGUUAGAGGAAGGCAUUGCAUCGACACUGAACGGUAAAGCAUUGUCUGAGAAUGUGGCUGAAUCUAAAAAGCGACCGACUCAGUGUGGGUCAUGGGUACGCAACCCCAAUGGAGGAAUGUUCCACUCCCCGAACUUCCCCAACACCUACCCACCUAACAAAGACUGUGUCCCUGCCAAGAAACAGGAUUGAACUGGUGUUUGAUGAAAAUUUCUUCAUCGAGCCGUCUUUUGAGUGCCGGUUUGACCACCUUGAGAUCCGUGAUGGACCCUUUGGCUUCUCUCCACUCAUAAACCGUUUUUGUGGAUCUCAGAGUCCCGGGACAGUCGCCUCCACUGGACGCUUCAUGUGGAUCAAGUUUACCAGUGAUGAGGAGCUGGAGGGCAUGGGCUUUCGGGUGGAAUACACUUUUACUGUUGAUCCUGACUUUCAUCUCCAUGAAGGUGGACUGUUGAAUCCCAUUCCAGACUGCCAGUUUGAGCUGAAUGGGCCCGAUGGCUUAAUCAGAUCCAGUCAGGUGGAGGAAGAGAAUAAAGUGAAAUCGGAUGAAGCAGUGGACUGCAUAUGGACUAUCCGAGCUCCACCUAACAACAGGAUCUUUUUGCGUUUCUUGGAGUAUCAGUUGGAGAACUCCAACGAGUGUAAGAAGAACUUUGUAGCUGUGUAUGAUGGCAGCAAUGCUAUUGAGGACCUCAAGGCCAAGUUCUGCAGCACCGUUGCGAACGACUUGAUGCUUGAUAAUGAAGUGGGGGUGGUCAGAAUGUGGGCUGACGAGACGAGCAGACUGAGCAGAUUCCGCAUGCUUUUCACCUUCUUUGCUGAUCCUCCUUGUAUGUCCAAUGCCUUCUUUUGUGACACCAACAUGUGUAUCAAUCAGACCCUGGUGUGCAAUGGUAUUCAGAACUGUGUGUUUCCCUGGGAUGAGAACAACUGCCAAGAAACAAAAACCAAAAGUGUUUUCCAUCAGAUGAGUAAGACUCAUAGCACGGUGAUUGCAGCGUCCACUGGUGUGGUCCUUCUUCUCCUCAUCUUAUCAGUGCUGGUGCAGAUGAAACAGCCCAGAAAGAAGGUGUUGCCGCGUAAGAGCCUGUUCAGUGCUGCUGAGCUGCAGGAGGUGCUGGAGCCUCCUCAUUACGAGCUCCUCUCCCUGCGUGAGCGGGAGGUGCCGGAUGAGCUGGCCAAGCUAUCCGAGGAGCUGGAGAGCUUCCAGAAGCUUCGCCGCUGCUCCUCCGCAUCCCGCUGCAUCCGCGAGCAUCACUGCGGCGCACCUGGCAGCGCCUGCCCUGCCGGCCUGGCGGCCAAAGUGCAGCAGCUGUCUCAGUGCUCUGAUGACCUGUCAGUGGGGCACAGUGACAGGGGCCUUGCUAGCUAUCCCAGCCGGAGGAGCGGCCACGGGCCACACACACACUCCCUGCCCCAUGGUGCACACUCACAAAUGCAUACACACAGCAUGCAGAGCCUGCGGGAGGCCAUGGAGGAUGGGGCAUACGGGCUGGAGGAGCGGGUGAUGGAGGAGAUGGGCUGCAGGGAUGUGUUCAGUCAUGGAGAGAUGUUUGGACGAGGAGACGGGUUCAGCCGUGGUGGCAGCGCAGUCAUGGUGCGGAACCACGGCAACCCCGUCCAGCAUCGGUCCCUGUCCAUGGACUUUUGAACAGAGUAGAGCAGUAAGUCUGGAGAUAAAAUGUAUGCACUGGAACUUCUAAAUGCACUGGAAAAUCCACUGGUUUGGACUUCUAGAAACUGGUGAAACUGGAUAAACUGAUCAAUAAUCUCCUAUAGUUGCUUUUCAGUUAUUGUACUAUGCAAUCAAAGGCCAUACCAUUGACAUUUGACUCCUAACUGAUCAGCAGAAACUGCCUGUUGAUGAGGAACAUCAUCUUAAUUCUGUCCAUGUCUUAAUUCUGUAUGUUGACACCCCUCCUAUUGAAAAAAAUCCUCUACCUUAAGUUGUACCCAGUGCUGACCCAAAUGUGCAAACAUGCACACAGCUUGUCUUAUCCUUGUAGAGAAGUGUUGCCAAUAGAAACGGACUCUCUGGAGCAGAGUAACAUUGAGCUGUGGAGCUAUGUUUUCUGUAUUGAUGGAGCUCCAUCAAAAACCUUUGGGAUGAGUUAGAGAUUUGAGAGUAAUGUAGGGUGGUAAUCAUCCAACAUCUUGACCUUAUUAACACCCUAACCUUACUGUCAUUGACUGCAAUCAGAUCCUCUCCCCAAUGCUGCAAAAUCUAGUAGUAAGUCUUCCCUGCAUUAACUUUUUUAAUACCAUUGAUUUCAGAAAAAAAAAACAAUUGACUAGCAGUUGUCCCAAUACAUUUGUCCUUAUAGUGUGUGUGCUCUGCGUAGUAAGUUCUUCUGUAGAAACAGUAACUAAACUUUACUGAACAAAAUUUGUAUAGAACAAUUCCUGUUCAAGUAGGUGUAGCACACAGCUUCUUUUAAAACCUACAUUUUAAGGCUGAUGUCCGAGAUAUUGUCCACAUGCUCUUUUAAACUGCCCAUUUAUGGCAUUUCAGUGUUCUGGAAAGCUUGUCCAUCACAACUUCACAAUAGUUGAAGUUCAAAUGGAUCAGUGGUAGGAGGAGCAUAGUUAGGUCUCUUAUCUUAAAGGAGUUGCUAGGUAGAUCUGCACUCCUAUGCUUUAGAUGAUUGUUUCAUGGGGUUUAAAAACUGAUAAUUGGAAAUGUCUAUAAUUGUAAUAAAUGUAUAAGAAUGUAACAAUUUAAAUAUUUUUCACAUCCCAAUUAAUUUAAAUAUCUAACUCUAUUUUAAAACAAACUAAAAGUCUAAAAAGUUUUAGUUUGAUAUCUUAGGAGUUAAAUAUAAAAUGCUUUGCUGGUGAAGACAUUCUCAGCUCUGGACUGGAUUGACGAGCCAAAUUUUGUCAUGUUUCUGCUGCAGUGUAAACAUGGGUGUAAACAUGGUAGUAUUAUAAUAGGCUUUAGCUAAAUCGAAAGUCCCAUUCACAGCACCACCUUCUGCUGCUGGAUGUGUGGAUAAACAGACAGAUGUAGGUCAGAGGGGUUAUAAACACUAAAAAACACAACAGCAUUAGAGCACUCAUCAUAGAAACUGUAACCAAUACUAGUUCUGCUCUGUUUACACACUUAAACACAACAUUUCAUCAAUGUUUUCUGUCAUUUACAAUACAUACACAGAUAUACAUUAGAUAUAUCUUUGUUUUUAUCUUUGUAGCAGCUAAUUUUUUAGUUUACCUUACAUUUUUAGAAACUAGUCUUAAUAAAAUGUUCAAGAUAUCACCUUAUUUAAUUUCGAUCACAGAAAUUGCAAUAUUACCAACAUUGAUUUGACCUGGGUUAUCUUACAAUACUUAUUAUUAAAGAGUAUGUUGCAUUAGUAAUUAAGACCUUUGUCUCUUUCCAUAUCGCAGUGUUUGUUGUCAGUUGAAUAAUAAAAAAUGCUCUGAUAAUUA